GAAGUAGUAGAGAAGUAGUAGUUAGAUGAAUGUGCUCUGAAUGGUGGAGAGGACCUUCCAAUAAUUUCUGCUUCAGCAAAGAUUAGUACAGCAUUCAAAUGUUCAGCAGGCUCCAAGGUUUAGGAAAUCACAAUGCCAGGUUUUACCAAGUACCUGCAAACAUAGAAGAGGUGCGUUCUGGCUACAUGUACAAGUCACCCUCUGAGCAUCUAAUGAAAUCCGUGAAAUCAUGGAAACGAAGAUACUUUGUUCUCAGCAAAAACCCUGAAAAUAAAUAUGAGCUCAAGUUCUUCAAGGAUGAAAAUAAAAGAGAGAAGCCUAUGGGAACAAUCAACAUUUAUCAGAUCACAUUGAUUUUCCGGCAAAUGAAAUCAGAAUCUAUUUGGUUGUGGAUACAGAAGAACUUCAAAUGCUCUGCAACUUGUGUUCUUUAUAUGAAGGUGGCAGCGAGAGAAUAUUUCCUCAUUGGUGAAAACAGCACUGAGAUGGACGAAUGGUUUGAUGCAAUAUUUAAGGCUUUGAAUACACAAAUCUUCAUACAGCCUGACAGAGAGGUACCACUAACAAAACCAACAAGGUCAAUGUCUGAACCUCUAAGUGUGACUUGGCAUGAUCAAAAUUUGUCUGAAGAACAGGAACAGAAAGAAACUGAACUGAUUGCAGUCAGACAGUCAGCUCCUGAGUCCUUCAACUCUCAAUACUGUCAUACUGGUCACUAUGAUUAUCCAAAAAAAUUCCAGAUGAAACCAUCACAAUCUCUGGACACGGAUGAAGAUGAGGACGAUGAAAUAAAGGUAGACAAAGAAUGUGAAACGAAAGAGGACUCCAGCAUCUACAUGCACAUGGAAAAUGUGAAAGGGAUACUGAGGCAGACCCAGUCUCAUGAAGGUGUCUCGUUUCCUAAAUCAAUUCUGAAAGGAAAUAGUGUUUCGGAGAACACAUUCCUUCCGAUCAACAAUGACGACGCCACUGCUCCAAACAGGCAAAUUUUACAUAAAAGUGAAAUUCCAUUUACUCCUGUAAAGGAAAUUUGCAUUAGUCAUGACGAGCUGAGAAACAGUGUGGUCUUCUCAGAGAAAGCGGGCAAGAUACGUGUGUCCAGCUGGAGUCAUACACAGUUCUCUGGUUUGUUCCAAGAAGGUGACCAAAUUCUGGCUAUUAAUGACCUGCGUACAGACAGUCUGGUGGCGUUGCAAACUUAUCUGAGGAAGCUUACUAAAGACCAGGUAAAAGUGACCAUCCUAAGACAGCCAAGGUCCCAAAGCAUAGGUGGAUGCUGCACAUAAGAGGGG